UCUCUUAUCCAUGUUUGCCUAAAACCGGUACCACGUCGAGUUUCACGAAGCACAAACCCCAAAAAAGCCGGAAUCUUUUGGUUAUUUCCAACAUGACAGGUUCAGAUAGAGGGGGUAGUAGUUUCUAACUGAUCCUGGUCCAUGUUACUUUGGGUUUGUGCUCCGAGAACACACUCAAUUUAGCGUUACCAGCCGAACGGUAGUGGAAGGAAGCGCAACAACACUUAUUCGUUGAUAGAGUUUGUUUCUUUACAUGUGUUUAUUAUUUUUAGAGCUGUUUGGGGUUAUUUCUUUUCUGUAAUAUCUCAUAUGGCCGCUAAUCCUCCAGGACAAGCUGUUCCAAACAACGCACGCGUAGCAAUCUUGGCAGAGCUGGAAAGAGAAAGGAGGCGGCUGAUCCAGAGUCAGUCCAUGAACACACCUGGAGCCAGCAUCUCUUUGUCCAGACCCAGUGUGAAGGACUUUAGGGACAAUGCAGAGCAGCAGCACAUCGCAGCUCAGCAGAAAGCUGCUUUACAGCACGCGCAUGCACAUUCAUCCGGUUUCUUUAUCACUCAAGACUCAUCUUUCGGGAACCUAAUCCUCCCUGUUAUUCCACGCCUGGUGCCUGGUUCAUGACCUUUGACCUCCCUGAUCUGUCAUGCAGGACUCUAUAAUGCAACAGUUGGGUUUUUGAAAAACACAUCAAAUGUUUAAGAUUUUGUUUUUUAGUUCUUGAUGGAUUCACUGAAACGUGCUGCUUUGUAAACGAUCUCAGCGGCAAACAAUCCAGCUCCUGACUGCAGAAAAUCUUUUGCAAAGACUCAGCUGUCAAAAAUUCAUGAACGUUUACCACAGGCUGCAAAAAAAAAAA